GCGUACACUUCCAUUUUCUCGAUCCACUCGGCGAACAGAGAGCACGUGUUUGUGUCGCCGGCAGUUUCGUUUAAUACAAAGUACUCGACUUUUUUUGUAUCUUAUCGAAAUCUCACCGUUGUUUACGCCAUUAUCACGUAUCGUGUAUAAUAUUCGAAUCGAUCGUUUAAUUAUCCUUUUCCACAUAAUAAUAUCAACAUGAAUCCGGAAAAGUUGAAGAAGCUUCAAGCCCAAGUACGAAUCGGCGGUAAGGGAACACCCCGACGCAAGAAGAAGGUAGUACAUGCGACCGCUGCGACAGAUGACAAAAAGUUACAAAGUUGUCUGAAAAAAUUAUCCGUUAAUACUAUUCCUGGUAUAGAAGAAGUUAACAUGAUCAAGGACGAUGGUACUGUCGUCCAUUUUAAUAAUCCAAAAGCCCAGGCCAGUUUAUCGGCUAACACAUUUGCGAUUACUGGCCAUGGGGAAAAUAAACAAAUAACCGAAAUGUUGCCUGGUAUACUAAGUCAAUUAGGUCCAGAAGGUUUAACGCAACUUAAGCGGUUAGCAAGUACAGUGGCAGGUAGCGCAGUUGGUAAAGCUACGUUAGAAGAAGACGACGAAGUUCCAGAUUUAGUUGAGAAUUUUGAUGAGGCAAGCAAAGAAGAGGUAAAUGUAAUAAAAGUUGCACCAAAAAAAGAAGUCGAGGAGAAUGAUAAAGUCUCCGGUGACAAAAAAGAAAUAAUCACAAUCGACGAAAAGAAAGAGGCACCAUUAGCUACGCCCGAAGCUUAAAGAAUUUAUUGUCGAGGUAAAGCCCUAGGUACAUAGAUAUAUAUAGACAUUAAGUAAAUCUCUUGCGAAGAAACACAAGUACUAUUGUUCAUUAGAUUUCCUUAUUUUCUAUAGAUGUUUCCCAGGACAGACUGUUGUAAUUAAAAGUCAAGAAAUGCGAAGUUGCAUAAGCAACGAUUAAGCGAAAUAUAACUAUACACACGUUAUAAAUACUUGACAUACACUAUAAUACUGCUAUAUGAGUAACAGUUGACAAGAAAUAAAAUAGGCUGUUACAGAAAUUAAAUAUUUCUACGAAAGAUGUGUUUCUUAUUUUAUUGCAUCUGUUAAACGUAUACUUUGUUUUGAAUCAGCUGAGAAAGAACAUUAUUAUUCCCGAAUUAAAAGUAGCGAAAAUAUAUAUAUAUAUAUAUACAUAUAUAUAAAUAUAUAUGUAUAUAUGUAUAUAUAUAUAUAUGUUUAAACAAAAGCCACAUUCUAUAACAAUGUUGUGAAUGUUUAUCUCAGUUGUUCAAGUGUAUGUAAAGACUAAUACAAAAUAAUGAAUUUAUAUAAUAUGGCUAUAUAUCAUAUCGACGCCUUGAAACGAAUGAACGAUGACUUUUUAAAGAAAAUCAUUGUUUUAUUAGCUUUGAUUUUUCAUUUCAACUAACUUUAUACAAGCUGGAACUUCAAAUUAAUAAUGGGGAAAAAAAAAGAAAAAAAAAGAAAAAAGAAAAAAAGAAGUUACAACUCGAAAAAACGGAGGAUAAGGUUUUAUCUAUCUGUAAUAAUGUUAUUUAACAAAGGAAAGUUUAUAUAGAUUAUAGAUUGAAGCAAAAGUAGGUGGAAAAUAUUGAAACACUUCUAUUUUAAUCAAUAAAGUUAAUAACAAUGGCUACUAACUGGUUACUACGAAGUGGUACCAAACUUGCAAUGGCUUUCCAGCACGCAGAGAGAGAGAGAGAGAGAGAGAGAUAAAAAGAAAGAAAAGGGGGUGUAAUAUUUUGUAAUGUAAUCUAUGGAAUAAAUUCUUUUGCUGGAAGUGCGGUUUUCUACUUAAAAAUAAAAAAUUAAGGAAGAAAAAAAAAGAAAAGCAAACAUAAAAGAACAAAUUUCAUGCGUUCCGUCACACUGUAUACAAUAAUCUUAUUGUCUCGAUAUUUAUAUUUUCAUUGGUAGAAUAAACUUGUAUCAAAUAUGUAGUAUGCAAAUAUAACUAAUAAGAGCUC